GUGUUCCUUUCAUUCUCACCUCCCACGGAACCGGUUGUUCACCUGUACCAUACUGUCAAAAGAAAGGACGCUGUGUUUUCUCACUAUUUCAAUGGAAACUUUACACGCCGAAGCACACCUAGCGCUGCUAUGAACCGAUACUAAUGUUGAACGAGUCUCCGAGAAGCCGCCGUUCCGUAUAUUUUGAACCGAAAAAAUGAGUACCGAUUAUGUGAGGUCGGUCGAAGUGGACGUUGCUGUUAGUGGCGAUCGUAAGCGACAGCGACCAGACCCCGUGUCCAUAUCACAACAGUUGAUUAGGGCAGCCAUGGAUCGAACUGUGCCUGGCAAAUCCAGUUUUGAAGUUGUUCUGAAAGGUGGUAGUCCUUGGGGCUUUGCUGUUCGUGGCGGGCUGGAGACGUUCACUGCCCUGGUCAUUUCGAAGAUUGAUCCUGGUGGGAAAGCAGACGACCAAGGUUCACUACAAGUGGGUGAUGUCAUUUUAGAAAUCAACGAUGUCCAGUGUGCUUCACAGUCGGAAGCGUUACAGUUAAUCCAUAGUGCCUUCAAAACCCUCACACUUACGCUACAAAGGGGACCACCAGAUUUUGAUACUAUUACAAGUCCCAAAUCAUCUGAAUUUUACAAAAGAGUUAAACAGUUACAGGAGAAAGAGAAGGAAUCCAGUGGUAUGUUAACUAGCCAUCACCAAUCAGACUUUAGUAGCAGGCCUAGUGGAUAUGGCGUCAAAAUGAGGCUGAAGAAAACAGAGCGGUCACCAUCUUACAGACCAAAGUCAUGGCACCAUAGUCAUGAGGGCCAUCAACAAGACCCUGAAUUUAAAAUUAAACAGAAGCAACAUGAAGAGUACAGAAGAGGAUUUCACACGGUGGAAGAUCAACCCCAAUCUGGUCACUGGAAUGGGAGAGAUUCAUUUCGUUCCUCGAUGCGCAGUAAUACAUCCCGAUCAAUGUCCAGUUUGAACAGCUUUAAAGGAGGGUCUACUUCCUCUUAUAGGCAGCCUGGAUUUGUGAAACAAAAGGCAAUUGAGUACAAUGAUAUGAGUGGGAAAACAAAUUCAUAUCGACUUCCAGCAAAGGAUGCUGGGAGCAGAGAAGUGCAUGAAAGCAAUAGGGAUUUUGAGAAAGUGCAAAGGGAUGAGUAUUACUAUAGUAAACAUUUGCCAGGUAAACAAUUUAAUGAUGUUAAGCGGGAUUCUGAUAGUAGAAUCCCGGACAAAGUGAAACUUGGAAAUAAUCAUAAAUUUGCCAGUGUUAUAGAAACGCGUGCUAUUCCAGUGCAGCUUGUGCAUGCCCAGUCUGUGGACUCGGGAAAGCAAGCGCAGAGACAUCACAGGGCAGAAGUAUCCAAAGAUCUUAAUGUGGGAGUGAAAGGACCAUCUGAUAUUAAAGGGAGAGUUCAGUCCCCACAAAAAGUAAUGUGGGAACAGUCUGGUGACAGAGUUGAAAGUGAGAACCAGCCUAAGUUGAAAAGGACAGAACUGACGUGUAUGAUAUCACCUGAUAUUAGACAUCCCAAACCUGAUGAACCUAUCUUCAAAUAUCCUGAUCAGAACUCAUCCCCAGUUAAUCAAGGUUAUACAAAUGAGAGGCCACCACCAUUGCCACCAAAAAAAGAAGUGUCCCCACCAAUCCCACCGCAGCGUGAUUCCAGUAUGAAGGCUGUCCACAAAUGCCAUAAGUCACCUACAUGGCCAGCAAUAGUUCAGAGUAAGGUUGUCAUAGCUCCACAGGCAGACACCGUACAUCUGAGAUCAAACACUUGGAACAAUGACACUUCUCCGCAACAUGAGUGGCCGGAACAUCAAGGUUAUAAGGCACAUAUCAAAACACUGCCAUUAGAUGACGAUUCUGAUACAAAAACAUUUGCUUCUCAGGCUUUUUUAGAGAAAGAGCCUAAGCCUUACACUGACAGUUCCCCAAAGACAUUGUACCAUCCAGUUCAUCUCACUGCGUCCGGUAGUUAUGUGAUUAAUGGCAAACAGCACAAAUACCCGCCCAGCUCAAAAUUUGAGUUGCAUACUGCAACUGUCUACCAUGUUGCGAUGGACGAACCACUCCUUGCUGAGAAACUAGAACAUGGAGAUGCUAAAUACACUAAGCCUUAUGACUAUACUGCAAAAUACGAUGUGCCUUCACCACCCACACGAGACAUUCCAUUUGAGAAACAGAAUUUGAAAGCAGAAAUGGUGAAUAACUCACACAGCACGCCUAGUAAUCUGGACAAAUCACCGGAGAGAUUCUGGUCACCUGAAUCAAUGAAUAAUUCUAUAAAGAGUACUGGUAGUCAACAUGACACAAGUCUAAAUCAAUAUGCAUCCUAUUUGGAACAAAAUCUUACUGAACAAGGCUACAGCGUCCAACCACAUUCACUCCCUAAUUCUUCUGUUAGUGAGGAGGUCAAAAGGUUAUCUGGCAAAUGUCAAAGUCCAGAAGCAUUACAUAAAGUUAAUUCCAUUCCUAAUCCCAGUAGGGAGUAUCAUCCAACUGAAAAUAGACUUGUUUAUGAUUUGCAUUCCCCAAGUGAGAGGGAAGUUGCAACAAUCAAUGGUACACAUGAAGGGCCUCCUGUGGAGAAAAUGUCUGGUACUGGUCCACAUGAGAGAAAGCCAGGUGAAGACAGAUGGCAUCUAGAUAAAACUCCUGUGUCAACUGCUAGAACUUGGAAGAGCCCUGGAGAUUUUCAGGUUACACCUGGAAUGGGAACUAAAAUGUCCAAACGCCAUGCUAUAAGUCCAACUGAGGAAACAGUAAAACGAUUUGAAGAUCUUAGUAAUGAUAAAAAAUACCCUCCAGACUUAGUUCCAGAAAACAAAAUGGCAAACCCACGGAAACAAUCCAGUGACAAAAUGGCAUUUGUAGAGUUGAAAGUUGAGGCUGAUACUAAUAAAGAAGAAGAAGACAUCAAAUUAAAAUCGCCCCCUUUACGCAAGUCUUCACCGUUUACAAAACUUAUUGAGCAGCCAUCAAAAGGAUCACCAGGUCGGCCUUCUAUCUUUGAUAUUGAAUCAGAGAACCCUUUCAGGAGAAAUUACCAUACGCAUUCUUCAAGUUAUGACAUUUUUAAUCCAGAAAGUCUUGAGACUGAGAAAAAUAAUGAACAAUUUAUGUCAAAAAUGCAAAGAAACAGUCAGACACCAUUCAGCGAUAAGUACAAGCGUGGAGAACCCAUUGAGCUUCAAAAGGAGAAGAAAGAAAGAGAGAAACAAGAACAUUUAAAGCGUCAGAACUUGAAAAAUGAAGGAAAAGAUGCUGACUCUCAUUCUAUUAUGUCGCAGCUGCAGAAAGAACAUCGCCAGACCCAUGAAGGAUUCGCAAAGGUCAAAGAUUUGUCAUCAAAAGCCAAGACUAGGGAAGACUUCAAUAAAGAAGCCAAAAACCCUGAAAUCAGUAACAAAAAUAAUGUUAGAAGAAGCGAGUUUUUCAACAAGCAUUCUGGAAAAUCACCUCCAAAUGUACAAGAUAAACUGUCUCCAAAUGCUGAUGUAGGUUUUGGCAAAUUUGAUCGGAACAGCCCCAAAAGUGCUACCAUGCCAGCGAGAUCGGCUUCAGCUGAGGUUAAUAAGUGGUAUGACCACGUGAAAGCAGAUGACUCAAAUCCUGCUCGGCCCAUAUCAUAUGCAUAUGAUCCAACUUCUCCAAGCAGAGUUUUUCCAGGUGUUCAACAAGAUGAUGUUAAGCCACUGAGUGAUAUUGAGGAGAACCCUGGCCAAAACAGACCUAAAGAAAAGCGUCGAUUGUCAGAUCCAAGAAGGCGAUCAGAUCCCAAGAGGAAGUCUGAUCCAAAGAAGCAUUCGGAUCCUGAGAAGAUGUUUCACAAGUCUCUUGAAAUAGAUACUUCAAAUCAUGAAAGACAACAUCGUAAUUCUGAUCCGUACAAAGAAGAAUACAGAAAUCGUCAAAGAUUAUCUGAUCCUAAGAAGGAACGUAAUCUGUCAGAUCCCAAAAGACGACAUAGAGGGUCCGAUCCUAAAAUGGAGAAACCUGAUCAUCGGUAUACCAAGUCUGAUUCAGAUCAGUAUCAGAAGAUUGCCACAGGAGACCAGAGACAUAAACAUUCAGAUCCCACCAGUCAUAUGAAACGAAGGCAACCGUCGGAUCCUGAAGAACGUAGAAAAGUGAAAGAAGCCUUGUUUCUUUUCUAUAGUCAAAAGACUGGAAAAAGUGAAUCUGCAGAAAGCACAUCAUCAUUAGCCAGUUCAUGUAAACUGCCAAGUUACUCAGACAGGAAUCGACCAGUUAAUAUGAUACAUGGUAUGUCAGAGCAACCCAUACCACCAAAGAAAAGCUACAGCACAUCGUCCUUCCGACGUGGCUCUGUUGAAAACUCUGUACCCAUGAUGCAAAGAGCCAACUCAGAAGUACUGCGUCCUAGUUCCAUGCCGCCGAAUGCCUAUUCUUCAAACGAGAUCAAACGACAGGGGUCACUCGCAAGUCUUGCAUCACAUAGAGAUUCAACAAAUUCAUUAUCAUCACAGAGGGAUAGGCCGAGCAGCGGUGGAUCGCCACCGGGAUCAUUAGCAGGGAGUAAACAGAAAUCUCCACAUCAGUCGCAAAGCUCUAUUUUGGGUUUUGCUGCCCAACAGCAUCACAGGCACCAGAGUAGCAACAGUCUUGAUAAGACUGCCUCACUGCCAAUGUAUGGUAGGGUACCCAGAGUUCCUACGGUGUCGACCAAGGACAUUUAUCAGCUGUAUGCCUCUAGAGGUUCUCAGCAAUCACUGAAAACUGAGCCUGUCACACCAAAACCAAUGCUUGCAAUACACCCCAUGGUUCCUGCGCAGGACAAAGCUACAACACUGCCGCAGCAGAAACCCAGAAGUGGAGACCUGCAGAAACAGAAGAGCCCAGUGCAUCGUGCUGAGCUUGUGACUCUAGUCCAACCUAUGUCUAGCGACUCAGACAGCGACAGCGGUUCACAUUAUGAAGAUGAAAAAUUGCCAGAAAUGAGGAGAAUCAGUGAUGGGGAAGUGUUUAAGUUCCCUCCAUCAGCACCGGAAGAAAAUACCUCUCCAAAUUGGGAUUCAGUGAGAGACUCUGAGAGGCCGCAGCCGGAAAUAUCACCUAAACAUUUGUGGAAUUUACCAGGAAAAUCAUCCAAACAUAGAAAGAAAACUAAAGAGAAGAAUAACUUUGAUAAUCGCUACCUGACAAGCGACAGUUUCAUUCUUCCUACACCGCCAUCAUCUCCAAGUGAGGACGAGUUAGAAAUUGUGAACAUUGAAUUUCCACCACCGCCACCUCUGGAAUUAUUAAUGAACGGGGCUUUGGACGAUUCUGCCAUUAAGCGUUUGAGUACAGCUGAGCCGGCGCCGACAACAUUAGUAAGCAGUACUAGUGAAGAUAAUAUCUUGGAUAAAGUAGAGAAAGAGAUGAUGAAACAUCCGCAGAGUGUUGUCCUGCCAUCAGAAGUAAAUAGUUAUGGUGCUUACAUCAACCAAAAACACGGAUCCCGUGGACCUUUUGGAAGAUACAUGUCAUCCCCGCGAAGUACAUCAAGUUUACCAACUGGUACAUCGCCUCCACCAUCAAAUACUGGAAAACGUUCACCAGACAAACAAAUGUCACCAGAAAAUACAGUAUCACCAGGAAGAAGAACAUCACCAGGCAUAGAGAAAAUAAUUUUAAAGUCUGUGUCUCCCAAAUCUCACGAAAGUAAAGUUACAUCACCACCCUCCAAAGUCGAUAGAAGUCCAGUCGGUAUUAAAUCACCAAACAUACUUAGUACAAAGCUAUCUCUGGAAAAGUCAACCAGUCCUAAAUAUCCGCCAACUAGUCCAUUGGGUAAAAAACCAACUGAAAUGAAGCCUGCCCCAAAGCCUGGAAGAAGUAUUGUAAGUAGAUAUAGCUCGUCUGUCUCAGAAAUCAAACGGAAGUACGAGAGCCAAGAGAAAGGUGGUCAGCAGUCUCAUACUCCACCCCCGUUCAUGCAGAAAACGCCUCCUAUGAACAGUCCUGCAGAGAGCAUCACUGAGGAGGCAGCCGAUCGAGUUGAUGCAGCAAUAGUUUUGUCACCUGCCGUAGAGAAGCCAUCGGCAUCACCGCAAUCAGAAAAACCACAAAUAAAACAUUUAGAAUCUGUAAAGCCUGAAACCAAACAAGUUGAAUUGAAGGAAGUUGAAAAACCGAAGGAGAAAUCUCCCGAGGAACUGAAAACUGAGGAACUUGCGACUGAUAUUAUUAGCAAGUCAAAUGAUAAAGAUUUACAGCAUAUAUUGCGUCCAACACAGAAGACAACGUCGGAUUACAUGGCGGGACUGUUUCCCAAAGGUAACAACGGAUCACAAUCAAAAAGGAAACGAAGCGUCAGCAGAAUGAAUGGGGAGAAGCCACAAGAAAUAAAACCAUCACCAAGGGAGGACCUGAGUUUACUCCUUUCAUAUCUCAAGUUAUCCGCCCCGAAAGCUCAGUUGUUGAACCAAGCCUUACUAAGUGAAGACAAUGGUGAGGUACCUGCUGACAGUGAAGAACUCAACAAAAAAAAGGAGGAGCUACUUGACAGCAUUAAGAAGAAACUUGAUGGUUUACGGGCAGAAAAAGAAGAAAUCAAUGAGGAGAUUCAUGCUAAUAAAGAACUGGGUGAGAUUGUAACGGAACAAGCCAAGUCUGUCUGCACACCGGCCGAAUUCGGAAAGUUUGAAUUGUUUGUGAAUGAACUUGACAGUAUUAUCAAUUUAUUGUUAUCAUUAUCUGGGCGACUUGCUCGAGCAGAAAAUGUCUACAACAGUUUAGAUGAGGACUGUAUACCUGAACAAAAGAUUCAGUUGCAAGAGAAGAUAGACAAAUUGCGGACACAACAUGAAGAGGCUACAAAAUUAAAAGAAGGUAUUGACAAGCGUCAAAACCAGGUAUCAAAUACCCUGAUUGGUUAUCUAAAUAAAGAGGACUUCGCCGAUUUUCUGCAUUUUGUGAGCAUGAAGACUGAUCUGACAAUGACCUCGCGACAGAUUGAUGACAAGAUCAGACUCGGGGAAGAGCAGUUGCAAGCUUUGAAAGAGAGUAUGCAGCAAUGUGAUAAACUAAUGAAGCCUCUUUAAAACUGACAAGCAAUUUGAUUGGCUUAAUCUGCUGUCUAUGCUCCAAUCAGGAACUGUGUUACUUCUUGAGCAGGAACUUCACAGGAACAUUGACUUUGAAUAAUAAGCGAAUGCCUGAUUGGUGCUCAUAGGAUAUUUUUUUUAAACCGAGCAUCGAUAAUUCCCAAAAUGCAUUGCAAGCUGGCUAU